GGUUAAGGGUUACGAUCAUGGUUGGGGUUAUGUUUUUCUGCGUUCGUGGAAGUCUGAAAGUUUGCAGGCAACAUAUUCCGAAGUACAGCGUUGCGAAAUGGUUGUUUUGGAGGAAAGUGUCUAUCAAAAAAAUAGAGAAAAUAAAUGUAAAAUGUAAAUAUUUUUUUAAAAUUGCCGGUGAAUUUUGUAGCUAAUAAUCUGUUUUAUAGUUAAUAAUCUGUUUUUUAUAAUUGAAAACAUGAUACAUGAUAACCACAGCCACUUAGGGGACAUGGGAAUCAGUGUUGGAUGAGAAAAUUAGGUAGGUUUGGUAAGAACAAAAAAUCUAGGUAAAAUAAGGAAGGAAAAUGAAAGAUAUGUAAAACUAAGGGGAGGUAUUGUUCAAAUUCAAACAUCCUUUUAGGAGGUAAUAAUUGCCAUUGUGGAGACACAGCACCUCACAUUGAAAUGAUCAAACAACAGAAUAGAUGUGAGAGAGAAUUCAAGGGAGAGAGUGAGUCAUAUUCUUAGUCUCUUCUUAAAAUCAGUUCCCCUCCACCAAAACAACGCCACCUCUCUUCCUUUCUUAUUCUAUUGCACUCAUUACUGGAAGACACGCUCCUUCAGCUUGCUGACAGACCUUUCAGUAAAUAGAUGAGCCAAUAUAACUGAUUUUCCUAAUCAUUCCUCUUAACAGACAUCCAAGAAAAAUAAAACGAAGGCGUGGAGGUUCUGAGGCUUUUAUUCUCAACACAGCACAAGAAUCACUUGAAUAUUUGGCAUUAUCGAGAUGUGAUGUCCCUCAGCAAAAAGAAGUGUUGUAUAUUCAGUUUGAAAAUGAAUUUGACAGGAGUGUGACAGAAGAAAGAAAGGGGUAUGUGGGUCUCCCUGGAAGAUGUGUUUUCUUUGCAAGUUUCCGAAUUGCGUCACCAAGAGUGAUACACGCCACAUCAAACGAUCAUUUGAACGUAGCGUGCUGCAACAUCGAGAGGGAGUACCUUCUUUCACCUCCACCCUCGGAUUCCCACCCCCAGGAAGAUAUAUACAAAUCAUAACUUAGAAAGGCAAAGACACGCAGGACGUGACAGCGACAAGUUCGGAAGGUAAAAAAAGAAGAACAGGCAAUUCACGUAAAAUAAAGAGAAAAACUGAAGAAUUCACCAGCAAACAUGCUGGCAUUGAUAACCUUGCUGGGAACUAUAUUGUUUAUAAAUGUCAUCUGGAGUGAGGGGACGGAGGUUUUGGUUGCAAACGGGUCUUUGGCAGUCUUGCCCUGUGUCGUCAGCUCUUCAGUUCAAACACCCUUGGCCGUGCAGUGGGUGAGGGCCAACAUAGCGCAGAGACCCGACCUUGGCUCGCCCAACAGCAUGGCACCAAGCACCGUGUGGAGGAUGGAUGCCAGCGGAAUGGAAUUCCGGGGAAUGGGAGUCGGCCAGAGGUCUGGGUGCCCCCACACUCAAUUUGGCAAGGGGGAGUUCAGCCUCCAGAUAGAGGAAGUAAAGAAUGAGGAUGCAGGAACCUAUAUCUGCACAGUCAUGACAAAAGCUGUAACCAUCCAAAAACAAAUCACUCUGCGGGUGAUUCAAGUGUCCUUCUCUUCAUAUCAGCCACUCGAAGGCAGUAAUGUGAAAAUUGCUUGCAAUAUCUUCCCUUCUCCAUUCCGAGCAACAGUGACCUGGAAGUUCAAUGGCAGCCCUUUUACACCUAAAAGUCCAUACCAAAUGUGGACAGGUGCCAAGAAAGAGAUCAACCUUACGAGGGUUUCCCAGAAGUAUAUGGGAAAUUGGACUUGUAUUGUCCAGUACAAAGGACAGGAGGGAAAGGCAACUCAAUCCCUUACUGUGAUGGGUAUCACCAGUCCUGCAAGUGACCUGACUGUCGUCUAUACUGAAUUGGGCUCUUCUGUGCUGUUGCCCUGUGUUUAUUCAACUAGCCUGACCCCAGAGAACCCAAGUUGGACGAGAGUGUCUGACACUGUAGGCCGUUUGAAGCCCCUUCCUCCCUCAUUCCACAUCUCUCCAGUCUCGUCCAAGACACCCUGGAACAGAUCGGCAUGGAUCGAGAGGGUGGAGAAGGGGGAUGAGGGGAUCUACAAGUGUUUGGGUUCGGUGGAGAGGAAAAGGAUGGAGAGACAGCUGUGGGUGGUGACAGCCCAAGUCUUAAAAACAAGUGGGACAGAAAAUGGCGGCUCGAUGCUGACCUGCCAUGUCAGCAACACGACAGGCAUCACUAAGUAUGAGUGGGUAGAGGUGACGGACGACACCAACAACAUCCAAAAAAUGACACCUUUUCACUGGGAAAAGACUUUGAAGAUUGAAGAAAUGACAGUGAAUUCCAGAUAUUUAUGUCGAUAUUUUGGGGAGAAAGGAAUCCUGGGAAAUGCAACAUACCAUGUAUCUUUUAUGAGUGCUUUGAAGCAGACGCAGCAAUCAGGACCUCUGAGUGCUGGCAUGAUAGCGUUCCUUGUCAUGCUUCUCUUGAUGUUGCUGCUAGUUGUAAUACAGUUGUACAAAAAUCAUCGAAGGCGGAAGAUGAUCCUUCCUUAUCCUGCCCUUGAAACCAUCGUUCACUCCUUUUACAAUGCCCAAGAAUGCAGCGAGCGGAAUAGAGCAGAUACCAAAGGGCAGAAUGACCAAAAUGCUCUGUAGAUCAUGUCAAAAAUGACCAUUUUAUCUCCUGGACACAAAUCAACCUUCCAGUCUAAUGAUACACAGAAUGUGUUUAGAAAGGAUUGGGUUCGAUUUAUCCAGCUCACCGUUUUGUAAUGAUGUAAUACCACUAUCACAGUGGCUGUCAGUAUUCAUCGCUGAGCAUUUUAUGUAAGCUAUUUUGUAAAAAAGAAAUGUUAAUGCAGGCAUAUGUAGCAAAAUUUCUCUUUUAUAAGUAUUUGAAUUAUUUUUUUAUGUAUGUUUUACAUAUAAUUAAUUUUAAUAAACUGAUAUAUUUU